UAAACUAAAAGUAAUUACAACAAUGGUGCUGAAAUCAAGAGUAGUCCCUUUUCCAACUCAGUGGGUAUUCUCUUUUAUAUUACAGCUAGACUGGAAAUACUGAAUAUAAAUCACACGCUGCAACUCUGCCAAUUCUUUCUUUUAAACUUUAGAUGUUGCAUAGGGGUUUUUUUAAAAUCAAGUUAAAGUUAUUUAGCAAUUUGCUUUGUUAUUUUAAUUAGAUUCAGAAGUAGAACGAAAUGCAUUAAUGGAAAGAUCCUUUCCGUGGCUAUACAACUACUGUAAAAAGAGAGGUUAUGAUUUCCGGAUGUUUGAUCUACGGUGGGGAUUAAAAGAUGGUACUACUAAUGAUCAUCAUAUGGCUUCCCUACAUAUGAGGACAUUAAAGAAAUGCCAGCAAUUGGGAUUCCAAACUUUUAUUGUUUUUAUUGGCCAGAAGCAUGAUGAUCUCUCUCUUCCAGAAAUAAUAGGCAAGGAAAUUUUUGAGUUGAUUAAGGCCAUGGUGAAGCAUAGGAAGCUGAAUACCAAGACAUCAAAGCAUAUACCACCUACUGAUUUGAAAGAUGAAAUCAAAGUAGACAAAAAUGAAAGUCAAGGUGAAAUUAGUCAAGAUGUCCAGGAUCCUGAUGCAUCAACAGAAGAGUCUGAAACUGCAAUAAGUAGCCUGAAAGAACAUGAAGUGAUUAAUUCAGAUGUGUUGGACUUGCUUAAUACUUCUCUUCUCACCCAAAAGACUGUAGCUGAAUAUGAGAGAGAACUUCAGCUUUUGAAUCAAUGGUACAGGUUGGAUGAAAACUGCAUCCCUGCAGUUUACGAGCUUCAACCUAUUUGCACAGUGUACAGAGAUAUCUUCAGUAAAGAUCCAAGUCGCAGACAGCAAGCUAAGAACAAAUGGUUGGAGACUUUUCAGAAACUGCAUAAGAUACUUCAGGAAUAUGCUACAAUUGUUUUUGGUCAAGAAGCUGCAGCCAUGCUGCUCAGAACAACUUUGCAGCAGGAAGUGGAUCAAGGAUUCCAAGUCCAAGGAAUGUGUGAAGAUCACUGUCACUGCUUCAAAAGAAACAUAACUGACCUACAGUGCAAUCUGUCAGAUCCUCAGGCGUCUAAAUAUAUUGAUAUCCACCCACUGAGACUAGAAGUGAACAAAACAAUUAAUGAGGAACAUCAAAACUUUGUGAAAAGCAUUCAUUCUAGGCUUCGUCAUACAAAUAUCUACAACAAGAAUGUUAGCUGGGGAAAAGGUGGCAUCGAUCCCAACAGGAACAGGUCCCAUGCCUACUACCUGGAAUGUCUUUGCAGUGACUUUCAGAAAAUUGUUAUUAAUCAUUUCAACAGGUUAGCUUCAUACCUGCUUUGUGAAAAGAUCUGUGGACAGAGAAUGCAUAACUUAUUCAUAAAGCUAGGUUUCAGUCAACUGGUUUUCUAUACUUAA